AUGAAACGUACAGUGACAGCGAUUUCUUUACCAUGUCGUCGCGUUCGUCUCUAUGCGGCCUCAGGCGAUCUGACUGAGGAGCUCAAAUCAGAAGACGAUGAUAGGGAGAUGGCAGUAGUAAAUAUCACUGACUUUCCACAGAGUGGCGCCUCUGUGCUUGAGGUGAAUUUGCCCGGCAGGGGUGGGGGUUCCCUGCUGACUGUGGCUAUUGGCUCACGCCUCGCCUUUUGCCGUCUCGGCGACUGUGAGGUUCAUCUUUUCUGCACCAUCGAGGUCUCCACUGAUGCUGUUGAAGGUAGCGACGUCGCCAACCUUGCACGCUUGGACAAGAGUUGCCGCUUACAGCUGACUUCUGCAUCUGAAGCCGAACGUCUUUACCGUUCCAUCUUACUGCGCGUGGUGCGUCUCUUCAUGGAGACCUCUGGCAUGCUCAAAGAGCGCGAAAGUAAGCGAGUUUCCGGUCAAAUUUUCCCUUGA